AGAUCUAAACAAUCAUAGAAACACGACAGCAAGCCAAGAAUCAAGAGGCUCGGGGAAGAUGCAGGCGGCGAAGGAGAAGGUGAAGGACGGGGUGAGCGCGGUGAAGGCCAAGACCAAGAUCGCGCAGGCCAAGGCGUCGGAGAAGGCGGAGGCGGCCACGGCGAGGUCGCACGCGGAGCGGGAGCUGGCGCACGAGCGCGGCAAGGCCAAGGUCGCCGCCGCCAAGAUGGAGCUGCACCAGGACAAGGUCCUACACCGGGAGGAGGCCAUCGAGCACCGCAUCCACAAGCACGGCGGCCACCGCCCCCACCCCCACAAACACCGGGUCC